ACGCCGCGACAAUAUGGCAAAGUACAUAGCGCAAAUCAUCGUGCUCGGUGGCCAAAUCAUAGGAAAGGCUUUCACGCGAGCUCUCAAGCAAGAGAUAGCGGCUUCCCAGGAAGCGGCAAAGCGAGCCGGUGGUGGACAAAAGGGACAGAAUCGUGCUGCUGCUAACCUAAGGACAGGCAUGACCCUGGAAGAGGCCCAACAAAUCCUCAACGUAACGAAGCUCGACCCAGAAGAGGUGCAGAAAAAUUACGAACACUUGUUCAACGUGAACGAUAAAUCGAAGGGCGGCUCGUUCUACCUGCAAUCGAAAGUUUUCCGCGCCAAAGAACGGAUAGACCAGGAACUGAAAGAGGCAAAACCACCGGAAGGGGAAAAGACGGACACUGGUACGGGGAAACCCGAAACGGCCCAGUGA